AUGGACGUACAGUUGGACUGCGAAAGAGCCAGUUCUUCUGAUGCUCAACUGGAAGACUCGGAAGGGUCCAACCCUCGAAGCAGUGUGGCACCUUUUGAAGCCAGAGCCCAAAGCGACAUGCUCUCCAGAAUGCAUCCUGUACUUUUUGAUGCUUGGUUACGUUUGCAGAGAUCCAUGGUUUCAUCACCUUCAAGAACGCCUUUGGUUGACAUUUUGUCACCCUCUUGGAUCAAGACUGACAAAUGGCUUGUUCCAGUAACAGUUAUGCCGCAGGACGCUGAUGGUGCUUUGAAAGCUGCUGGAUUGGCUACGAAGAUGGCAGCCGACCGACUGAGACACACUCAGCUGGUUAAAACUGAUGAUCACGUGCACUGGGAAGCAAUGAAGAAGUUCAAGGCGCUGCUCCUAGGUGAUCCAGCCGCUACAAAGCUUGGACGUUACCUUGCAGCAGGUGUCAGCCUUUUGACAGAUGAGGCUGGCUGGUCUCAGUUUAUCAACGAUGCGUUUGCCGGGAUAGAGGUGGCCACUCUUGCUAAAAGGGCCACCACCCUAUGGAGGUUCCACAACUGGAGCAUUGACAAUGGCUUGGGACCUGCGGUUUGCGCAACAGAGAGUGUCAUUUACAGAUACUUGCAAUUUUUGAAGGAAUGUGGAUCCCCUGCAACAGGUUCGUCUUUCCUCCAAGCCUGGACUUUCCUGCAUGACCACGUGGGUCUUUUGAGUCAGGGCUUGGACGUGUUGUCUUCAAGAGUGAGGGGAGCGGCACAGGCCCUGUGUCUGCAAAAGAAGCCCCUCAAGCAGGCAUACCCACUGACGGUGCUGAUGAUUGUAGCCUUGGAAAACAUGACCAACCUUGCGCCCUAUGACCAUUGGCGCAUCAUUGCAGAACAUAUGAUGUUGUGCUUGGGCAGCCGCACCAGGUUCAGGGACUCCAUGAGGUUGGCACAGCUGUUCCUAAAGGAGUUCAUGGCAUCAUCAGGUUUCAAAGAGGAUGAGUUGGAAAGGAUCGGGUGCCAAUCCUUGGAACACACCCUUCCUUUGUGGGCCUUCGAAGGGGCCUACUUGUCAGAACAAUGCAAUCCUUUGGUGAGCCGCCACAAGUCCAAGGAGAACCAGUCGGAUCCUAUGUACUCCAGGGGUGAAACGGUGCGUGUCACUGCUAUCAUGCAUCAGAUGGUCAGAGACGUGAAGAACAAGCACUUCAAGCCAGAUGCUUCCAGAGCUGGAUCCAUUGCAGACCAAGUUAAACUUACAAAUUCAGAGUGUCAGCAAACCGAUUCGAGCGAUGACGAAGCUCGCCAAGAGGACGUGGAGAGCACUCCAUGCAAUAUGGGCCCAAGGGCAUCUUGGGAUGCUCUGCCGUUGGACGAGCUAAGAAGGCUAAAGGUCCAUACCUUUUCUGGGGUUGCCCACAUCGUUGCGAAGCACGACCCCCACAAGUUUGUGUGUGGAAAGAGAAACACAAAAAACUAUGGACGCAUCCCAGAGGACUCGAACUAUGCCGACAUGCCAAUGUGCAUGCAGUGCAGCCGGUGA